AUGCCGUCCUAUCUUCCCAAUCUAGUCCUCCUACAGUACGUCGUAUGUCUGCUCAUCGCCAAUGUGGGACUGCUCAUGUUGUCGCGUAUUUUGUGGGCCGUAUUUGUGAAGAAAACAGAGACCCGACUGAACAUCCAUCUGACGUUGCAUUGCAUUGGAUGGAUGGUUUUUAUGUUGUCAUCUCUUCCUCUGGUCAUGUACACCCUGUCCUUUUGGAAGGGCCGUGCAACUCUCUAUCACAGCAAUUGGAUGUUUUGGACGGGUGUGUUCAACAUGUGCACUUCGAGUGUUUUGUCGAUCGUGACCUUCUUUGUGAUCGUGGAUCGGUGUCUGCAAGCCGGCUUCCCGGAUUCUUAUAAUUACAAGGUCAGAAAAGGUGGCCUCCUGGUCUGUAUCUUGUGCACAUUGACUGUGUGGGCUACAGUAUUUUUCUUUAUGCUCUCGGAAGGCCCCUUUCCUAAAAUGACACGUAAGUCAUUUUAUACGAUCAAAUGUUUUUUGGGACUAAAAUCAGGUGGCUGUAGAUAAAAAUCGACGAAGAGAUGGAUAUAUUGAUUGUUUUUGCUAAGUUUGAAUAUUACUAUUUCGUAUUAUAGAUUGUCUCUCUUUCGGCUGCAUGCUGACGAACGAAGGCGGUCGGGCCCAAUUUCUGGUGCGGAUUAUCUUCGGCUUCCUGAACUUGGCCACGCUUCUCAUCUUCAUGCUGUUGGUGGUGCGGAGUGAUCAAAAGAGGGGACAACAAUAUGCAGGGGCAGAGAUUGUAGGUUAUUUUCAUGCUAAAGGCUAAAAAAAAUCUGGUAACAAAAUGACAAAAAAUCGAUAACGAAAUUUUUCGAUGUUUACCAUUUUGUAAAAAUGGUUUCAAUUGAUGCCUAAGUGAAUUUUAGACCAACGUCCUUGCCCGAAAUGUAGUUGUCGCCGAUUUAUGCACCAACUUUUUGUUAUCGGUGGUCACUUUUUCCGUCGAUCAAUGGACAACAAUCGAGUUAUCAGACUACCUUGGGGCAUUUGUGAUGACCAUCUCAAGCUUCGAUGGGCUCUUAACCGCGGUUGUGUACACAAGAACACUCGCAUUGUAAGUGAAAUCACCAUUUAUAUUAUCCUUUAGAACUGGAAGUAUCCGGGACAAGAUCAAAUCCGUGGUGGAGCACACGAAAGACGAGUUCUUCUAA